AUGUCUCCCCCGAAAGCCAUGUCGUUGCCUGCUUUACUACAACUUAUCUGGCACUUUACCGAGAGUAACUUCCAGACUUUUGUACUCCCAAACUCGGCCUUUGGUUUGCUCGCAGCCCUCGCCGCGCCUCUGCUCACCGACUGUUCCGAGCGUCCAUCCUUCCAAAUCCUCCUUAUCCGCUCACUCCAAGUGAUCCUCUUCAACUGGGCCAAUGUUUUUGUAUUCGAUCUUGCUAAUCAGCGCCUACCGGAGUCGAGAUUGGAGGACCGGCUGAACAAACCGUGGCGACCCCUGCCGACCGGACGCAUCAGCCCGGAGACAACGCGUCGGUGGAUGUUGAUCACCAUUCCCCUCGUUUUAAGUGUCAGCGCCAUCCUCGGAGUGGCAACGGAGAGCGCCUUUAUCAUGAUCCUGACCUGGCUCUAUAACGAUCUGCGUGGCGGAGAUGAAAUCAUCCGAGAUGGGAUUAUCGCAUGUGGCUACGCUCUUUAUCUGACCAGCUCCCUGCGUAUUGCCUCCGGUCUGGACUAUAAUAUCUCGGAACAUGGAUAUCGCUGGAUCGCAAUGAUGAGCGGGAUCAUCUUGACAACGAUGCAGGUGCAGGACUUGAAAGAUCAGAUUGGAGACCGGACUCGAGGACGCAGGACUCUUCCGCUUGUGCUGGGAGAUACGGUCUCACGUUGGACUAUCGCCGGUUUCACCUUGUUCUGGAGCAUCUUGUGUGCUUACUUUUGGAGGAUGUCUCUGUGGGGAUAUGCAUUGCCCGUGCUGACAGGCAUCGGAGUCGCAUUCCACGUGGUAAGCGGGUCUCACGAUGCCAGAGCUUGGCGAUGCUGGUGUGCGUGGCAGGUGGUGGUUUAUGCGCUCCCCUGGUUGGGAUCGAUGCAGAAUUAA